GUAUAAGAACCAGUUUAAUUGUGUGAUGUUGACAACAUCUACACGUUGCGAAGUCGCAAUGCCGCGAACAGUGAAAUUGGAAACCUUGUUAUCAUAUUUAUCAGAAAAAUCGAGUGACGCCCCACAGAGCAUGAUGACAAUAGGAAAAUAAUGCGAAAAGUUCGCCGACUUUUGUUCUUUGUUUGCAUUGCAUUCUUAAUUAUAAGUGGAUUUUACAUUUUUAAUGGCGUUUUGCAGAGUAUUUUUGAUGCACGAAAUGGCGUACACAUCAUCACUGAAAUCGAUCGCUUUGGAGAGGUUCACUCUAUUCCCUUAAGGAACUUCAACCCGGACAAUUUUCUUAAAAAUUACAGAGAGGAAAGAAACAAGGACUAUGGCUAUAAUGUCAACAAGAGUUUUAACAUACCUUGGAACAGAACAGUCGCCGAUCAAAGACCACAAAGUUGCAAAUACGCACUAAGACCUACUAAGGCUCUGCCCACUGCCUCCAUUAUCAUUGUUCUCCAGAAUGAGGCUCCGUCUGUUGUACUCAGGAUGGUGAUGAGCAUCCUGAGGCAAUCGUCACCAAAUCUUGUGAAGGAAAUUCUUAUCAUUGAUGAUGGUGGAAGAGAAACUGAUUUUUAUCACAGAUCUCUCUCCACAAUUCCUAAAGUGUCUGUUUAUGCAGACCAUAAGACCAUUCCUGAAGGAAAUGGUCCAGUUGCCUCCCUUUUAAUCGGAGCAGAAAAAGCUACAGGGGAGGUGUUAGUUCUCAUGAAUGGAGCAGGGGAGGUAAACAAUGGUUGGCUGGAGCCUUUACUGGAGAGAAUCCAAGUGAGGAAAAACGUUGUUGUGGGACCUGUCAUAGAUUACAUCAACUCAGAGACAUUUAAGUAUGAGUUCACCAGCACCAACCAAAGGGCAGUUUUUGACUGGGGUUUAUCUGUAAAAUGGCAACAGCUGACAACUGAAACAGAUAUGAUCUUCAAGAAAACUGAACCUAUUGUAACACCAGUCUUCGAAGGAAAUGUCAUGGCUGUUGAUAGAAAGCACUUUGAGAGGCUUGGCAAGUUUGAUCCUGGUCUGGAAAACUGGGGUGCAGCAAGUCUAGAGCUGUCUUUGAAAUCCUGGAUGUGUGGAGGUACGGUUGAAAUCCUUUCAUGCAGUCAUGUGGGCUUCAUAAAGAAACACAAGAGAUCUGCAACAAAGAAGAGCAACUCUGUCUCUGUUAUAAGGGAUUUACGAAGAGUAGCGGAGGUAUGGCUGGAUGGAUAUAAAAGAUUUUUUUAUGCCAACCGUCCUGCAGCGCGGAUGACUUCCCAUGGCAGUAUGGCUGAGAGGAGGAAGAUGCGGGGUCAGAUGAAAUGCCACUCGUUUAAAUGGUACCUUGAUAACGUCCUCCCGCAGUUAAAGCCCCUGUCUGACGAUGACUUUGUUUAUGGGCGGAUUAGACAAGGGACAGACAUGUGUAUGGACAUUGCUCUUGGACAUGUUCCUGUGCUGGCCAGUCUAAGCCAAUGUUCCGAGGAGAAAAACUCUCAGGAGUGGACUUGGAAGAAGAAGGGGAUGAUCAAGAACCAUGGAAUGUGUCUGACAGCUGACCUAAAGGAGACCCAUGGUUAUGUCCUAAUGCAGUAUUGUAACGGGGCUACUUCACAGCUGUGGUUCAGACAGAAUGAUUUGAUUGUUCAUGAGGUGACCAAGCAGUGUAUUGACAGUCACAAGGCAGAGAUGGGUCUGGUGUUGUCGGAGUGUGAGGAUUUCAUCCAGUCUCAGAGGUGGACCUUGCCAAAGGCGGACGACGUGACCAGUCAGUAGUGGAAGGAGAGGAGGGGGGCUGAUAAUGUGUUAAAAAUAUGAUCAGUCAAUACAUGUAUAGUGGGUUGGGGGGAGGUUACAAAGUGUAAAAGAUGUGACCAGCAUAUACUGUAGAUUCCUUAUUUUACGCGAGUACCUAUUGCCGUGACUCGAUUGUUUUGCAUCAAAUCGUGAGAAUAUAAAAUUGCGAACGCUAAUUUUUUAUCAUAGUUCCUUAUAGUUUACGUCUGUCCAAAAAAUGAAAGGGAGACUCUCACGAUUUUACGUGGAUAUUAAUUCCUUGUGUUUAAUUAGGAAUGUACAGUAGCGGAAGGGGAUGGGGUGACAAUGUGUAAAAAUAUGAUUAGUCAAUAUAUGGGGAAGGGGGGGGGUUU